AGUCAGAAGAACCUCGAACUUGGUGGUGUUUAGGUUUCUCAAUUCCUCUUUGUUCCUUGAACCCAAUAAUGGAAGUGUUAUUAUACUUUGAGCUUUCCAUUUCAUAAGCUUCUUAAGCUUCUCCUCUUCUUUCACCAUCCAACACACCCUUCCACUUGAAUACGAAAUACAAUGGCUGUUCCAAAAGUGAAUGAAAUGUUGCUUCUAGACCUUGAAGAAAUGGGAUUUCCACGGUCACGAGCCACCCGGGCACUUUAUUAUUCAGGCAACAAGAACUUAGAGGAUGCAAUACAUUGGACAAUUGAUCACGAAAAUGACCCUGAUAUUGAUGUGUUGCCACUGGUAGAUGUAGACAUUGAUAUUGAUUCUCCUCAAUCCUUUCCUAUCACGGAAGAAAUCAGAAUCAAAGCUCAGAAGUUAAGGGAACAAGAGCAUAAGAAAAAAGAGGAGGAACUAAAAAGAUUGGAGAGAGAACGGGAGAAGGAGAGGAUUCAAGCAGGUAAGAGACUCCUUGAGGCAAAGCGAAUUGCUGAAGAAAAUAUAAAAAAAAUAGUUUAA